UUACUCCAACUUCUCCCACUUUAGGAAGAAUAGUGCGGACGGUGGAGUGUAAAGACUCCAGUCCACGCACUAUCUCACUCACACACACACACGCGCGCACGUACACGCACACACGCACACACCUCUGCAGCUGCUCUACCAUGCACCACAGACAUGUCACCCAUCUGCUGCUCUGUCUGCUGAGCGUCGGCUUCUCUGCAGCGCAGUCUGAGCUGGAGACAGAUGAAGUGAUUCCCAGGCUGCUGUCCGCUCAGGACGCGCACCUGUCCGCGCGGCGCCGCGGUCACCGCUCCCUGGACGCGCCCGGGGCAGGACACUCUGACCCGGGCAGCAGUAACAGCAUCCUCAUCCUGACGCUGCCCGCUUUUGGCACGGAGCUGCAUUUGAACCUGACGCGGGAUAAUACGUUCCUGUCGCGGGACUUCGUGGUGGAGGAGAGGCGCGCGGAGCAGAGCGCGGCGGUCACGCGCGUGCCCCCGGAGCAGCUGUGCUUUUACUCCGGCUCCAUCAUCAACCACACGGACUCUGUGGUGUCAGUGAACACCUGUGGUGGCCUGACUGGUCUGGUCCAGAUCGGGGAGGAGACCCUGUUCAUUCAGCCGCUGGAGGAAAGCGAUCCGUCGAUCCAGUCUUUCUCGGGACGUAAACAUCGACUGUCUCGUCACCGACGUUCGUCUGACGGCGAGCACGAACACGACUUCUGCGGCACCAGACGAGUGUCUGGGAAGAAGAAGGAGAAGAGGUCAAAAGCAGUUGAGGACGUUCGCGGGAAGAGAAACGCCAUCCGUCUCCAUGACGUCUACACGGUGGAGACGGUGGUGGUGGCGGACUCGGACAUGGUGCAGUAUCACGGCGCCGAGGCUGCGCAGAGGUUCCUGCUGACCGUCAUGAACAUGGUCUACAACAUGUUCCACCACCGGAGUCUGGGAGUCAGGAUCAACAUUCGCGUCACCAAGCUGGUGUUGCUUCACAGCCGCCCAGACAAGCUCCAUGUGGGUCAUCAUGGAGAAAGGUCUCUGGAAAGCUUCUGUCACUGGCAGUAUCAGGAGUUUGGUGGACCCCGGUACCUUGGCACCAACCAUGUUCCUGGUGGAAGAGAUGACAUCCCACCGGUGGACACAGCCGUGCUGGUCACCAGAACAGACUUCUGCGUCCAUAAAGACGAACCCUGCGAUACAGUGGGUAUUGCUUAUUUGGGCGGUGUCUGCAGUGCCAAGAGGAAGUGUGUGUUAGCAGAGGACAAUGGACUCAACUUGGCCUUCACCAUUGCUCACGAGCUGGGUCACAACAUGGGAAUGAGCCACGACGAUGACCACGCCACCUGCACUGGUCACUCCCACAUCAUGUCCGGUGAGUGGGUGAAAGGAAGGAACCCCAGCGACUUGUCCUGGUCUUCAUGCAGCCGCGAUGAUCUGGAGAACUUCCUCAGGUCCAAAGCGAGCGGCUGCCUCCUGCACACAGACCCCAGGAGUCGGUACCAGGUCCGUCUGCCGCCCAAACUGCCCGGAAUGCACUACAGUGUGGACGAGCAGUGUCAGAUCCUGUUCGGAACCAACGCCACAUUCUGCAAUGACAUGGAGCACUUGAUGUGCGCUGGCCUGUGGUGUUUGGUCGAGGGCGAUGCCUCCUGUAAGACCAAACUGGAUCCUCCUCUGGAUGGAACGGAGUGUGGAGCAGACAAGUGGUGCAGGGCAGGCGAGUGUGUCAGUAAGACUCCCAUCCCACAGCAUGUGGAUGGGGACUGGAGUCCAUGGAGCCAGUGGAGCAUGUGCAGCAGGACCUGCGGUACUGGAGUCCAAUUCAGACAGAGGAAAUGUGACAACCCUCCGCCUGGUCCUGGUGGACGACACUGUCAGAGGACCAGUGUGGAGCACAAGGCCUGUGAAGGUCCUCCCUGUCCCAAGGGGGCGCCCAGCUUCAGAGACCUGCAGUGUCUGUCCUACGACCGACACGCCAGCAAGAAGAAGGGCAGCAUGCUGAUGGCUAUUAUUAACGAUGAGAAGCCAUGUGCGCUGUUCUGCACCCCAGUGGGUCGAGAUGUUCCCGCACUGAUGGCUGACAGAGUGAUGGAUGGGACGCCCUGUGGACCAUAUGAGGCUGACCUGUGUGUUAAUGGGAGGUGUCAGAAAAUCGGCUGUGACGGCAUCAUCGGCUCUCUGGCUAAAGAAGAUCGCUGCGGCGUUUGUAACGGAGACGGUCGCUCCUGUAAGAUCGUGAGAGGAGACUUCAACCACACCAAAGGAAUGGUCACCACUAGGCAGUGUAAGAGGGUUUCUACCUGUGUGAUGACUAAACCCAGAGCUGUCCCCAAGUGUUUCUCAUGCUACAUCGAGGCCGUGGUUAUUCCUGCAGGAGCCAGGAGAAUCAAAGUUGUGGAGGACAAACCCUCACACAGCUUUCUGGCGCUGAAAGACUCCAGCAAGAGAUCCAUCAACAGCGACUGGAAGAUUGAGCUUCCAGGAGAGUUCGAGUUGGCCGGGACCACGGUGCGCUACGUUAGAAGAGGACUGUGGGAGAAGAUGUCUGCCAAGGGACCGACGAAGACCCCGUUACACCUCAUGGUGCUGCUGUUUCACGACCAGAGCUACGGGAUCCACUACGAGUACACGGUGUCACUGAACACAUCUCAGGACAGGGGCAAUGAGGAGCACAGAGAGCAGGAGUAUCUCUACAUCUGGACACACAGCAGCUGGCAGGACUGCACUGUUCAAUGUGGAGGAGGCGAGCGGAGGACAGUGGUUUCCUGCAUGAGAAUAGCCAAUAAAACAAUGGAGGUGGUCAACAACAGCUACUGUCACCUGGAGAACAGACCACUGCCUCAAGUACGAGCCUGCAACUCUCACCCCUGCCAGUACAGGUGGGUGGCGGGAGAGUGGGGUUCCUGCUCGGUCACGUGUGGUAAAGGUCUGCAGCAGAGGGGUGUGGUUUGUGUUUAUCACCUUCAGAAUGGGUCAGUCAUCAACACCAGAGACUUGUACUGUCAGGGAGGAAAACCCCCCGUGCUGCAAGGCUGCGAGGGCCGUCUCUGCCUCACCGUGUGGGAGGCUUCAGAGUGGUCCAAGUGUUCGGCAGACUGUGGUCAGGGAGUUCGCCGGCGGACGGUCUCGUGUACAAACCCUCAGGGUCUUUGUGAUCCCAUGUCCCAACCGACGAAGGAGGAGCCGUGCGAGGAUCACUCCAAAUGUUACGAAUGGAAGACGGGAGACUGGUCCAAGUGUUCGUCCUCCUGCGGGAAGGGUCUGCAGUCACGGGUGGUCCAGUGUAUGCACAAAGUCACCGGUCGCCACGGUAACGACUGUCCAGUCACGCUAAGACCGCCCACCUACCGUCCCUGUCACCAGGGCGCCUGCAACGAGAAAAUCAAUGUGAACACCAUCACCUCCCCCAGGCUAGCUGCUCUGACCUACAAGUGUUUGGGGGACCAGUGGACGGUUUACUGCCGCGUGAUCCGGGAGAAGAACCUGUGUCAGGACAUGAGGUGGUACCAGCGCUGCUGUGACACCUGUAGGGACUUUUAUGCCAAGAAAAUACUGCACAAGAGCUAAUGACCAAAUGACAUCUGUUACUUUCACUCUUUACAAACAGCGCUCCAUUUUGUAAAUGUUUUUUUCUUUUUUUUUUCUGUUUUUUAAUAUUGUUAAAUAAGAGAAAAAAAAAACAGUGUCUAUUAUUGAUGGAACUUUUUGUAUUUAAAAAGAAUUUGAAAUGAGCUUCUAGUUUUGAUGAAGACUUGAAAAUAUCCAUAUUUUCUUUCUUUUUUUUUUUUUGCUGUACACCAAAACAUUUUUUUUUAAAGAAAUGGAGGAGCCUUUGAAAAAAAGCCCACGCUGGCUUCUUUGUUGCACAGAAUGGUUGGAAAUAAGUGCUUGAUUUUUGAAGUUGACUUCUAGCAGGUCUAUUAUCAGAUAACACAGGAGUUAACCACAACUUUAAAAUCUAUUUUUACCCUGUACGGUACUGUAUAUAGCUAAUUAUAGCUAAUUGUUGCAAUUUUGAAUAACUAGUCAACAGGUUUUUAUAUAUAUAGGUGAACCUAUUAUACUUAAGUGUUAAGUAUACUGUAGUAAUAUUAAUAAUAAUAAUACUGUAAAAUUACAGUGAAUGAAACCAGCCAGUGAUUGGAGACCCACUGAUCCGCCGCUCGGUGUGGCGGCCGUGGAUAGCCCAUGUAGCAGAACAUUCUUACACUUAAGCUCGGUACAGACGGUACACGCUGGUCUUUUGAUUUAGAUGCAGACCACUUGCUGGAUUCAAUACGAUUCUUGCCGAAAAUAUUAAUCUGUGGUUUCUUAAAAGCAGCUGUUUGGCAAAAAUGGUAUAAGUUAUAUAAUGUUGUUUAAUGCUUUUUAUGGAGCCCUGGAGGUGACGUAGACGGGAAUGUUUUUCAAAGCGCUCACGCUUUAUCAUUUGCACACGCGAGAUAAGAAGUCGCACGCACGCUUUACUAAAGCGAACGCGCGAGAUAAUAAAUAAUAAAGUUCAUUAACUUAACUUGCGCAGGUGAAGUUAUACAUUUCCGUCUAUGUCACCUCCAGGGCUCCGUACCUUUUUAAACGCGAUGGUUCAGGUUUUUAAAACAGAGCUUGGUGCUGCCUGAGCCGUGUGCGCCCCCUGUUGAACCAGUGUACGACAUGGCAUGGAAUAUAUUUACUACUUUUUCUCGUCAUUAAAGAGCCGUUUUCCCGGCUGGAAAGUGAAGUUUGCGUCACUCAGUAAACCGUUGGCUCUCCCUGCACCAAAGUCCAUUAAGAAAAUCAACAAUAUUAAAUCACAGCACACAGGAGUUGUCGAUCCACUGCUGCCUUUAUCGGUAAAUUCAAAUGUGUUAUUCUGUGACGGUGUAAUCCUUAGUUUGGAUUUACCUCAGUAACACAAACUGACCACACGAGGCAGCAGUGGACCAGCAGCUCCUCUGUCCCCGUGGGCUAAAAAUGCUGAUUUUCUCUAUAGACUUUGGUGCGGGAGAGUGAGCGGUUUACAAACUUUUUGCAGCGAGAUAAAUUAGCAAAAUAUAUUCUUAAGAAGUUAUACACCUAGGGAGGUGUAGAUUAUAUUAGGUGAGCGUUUUGUUUAGAGGCUAAAGUUUGUUUUUUCAGUUGUUUUUGGGGAACACAGCUCAGGCAGCGCCUCCUUACAACCACACUUCUAAAAAAACCUGAAUUAUCUGAAUUAUAAGGUCUAAUCGACCUCUGGUGCUUUUUUUGUUCGUUGGACGUCACACAGACGAGAAGUGGUGCUGAUUCUAGAUGCAGCAGAGGCCGUGUAGAUUAACCUGGUGUUAAAAUCCCGCUUCCUUCUGCCGCGUCUAGCUUUCCUUUUGCAGUUUCGUGACGUCGUAACAUUAACUUCACAAGCGAACUGUUUCUGUAGUGAUCUUGCUCCUGCGGCUUUAACCUUCAGCUUCUCUUGACUCUGACUUAUGCAUUGUGUUUGUAGACAAAUCCACUCCAGAGGUUUCCGCUUUCCUUCACAGAGAUAAUGAGAACACGUGUGUAAAUUGCAGAGGCCCCGUGAGAAUUUAUUCACCUGUUUGUUAUCAGGUGGAAAAUGGGGGCCUUUCGUUCUCCGCUGCUUUAAAGGUCCAGUGUGUAAAGAAGAUACAAGACUCCUCCCUUUAUAAAGGUGCUUUUAUAGCAAUGAGGGCGGAGUCAACAUACCACAGCUGCAUGAAACUGCUGUGACGUUUUAUAUGCAACACAAUCUAAUGACUUUAAAGCAAACUCCAUAACAUUAACUUUACUGGGCUCAAACCUGGGUCUUUUUGCUGCAAAGGUAAAAGUGCUAACCACUACACCAACCGUGUAGCCGUCAUUAGAAUCAGUCGAUUAGAAAGAGUUGUUCACAGAAUCGUUCAUUGCUUCCUGCAUGACCGGAGCACAGACUCCCUCUGACACUGAAAUACCGCUGAACGUGGUCGUGAUUCGACUCACGAUCGCCAGGCUUUCAGCAAUGCUGUCGCUAAAUACACCAGACUCCUGUUAAAUAUUGACUUUUUAGACAUUUCCUUUGCUAAAUGUUGCAGAUUAACGCAUGAUUUCAGGACUUUUUAAGUCUUUUGAACUGAUCUACAGUUCGGCAUUGUUCGGCUUGGUUCUUCGUGCUCAUGACACUCUCUGACCAAUCAGUGGCCGACAGUCUGUUGACGUCACACUGUAGUAUUGGUUGAGCUCGCUUGGAACCUCACCAGCAGUUCCCUGAACACUUUUGAAUCCGCAAAACCUUCCGACAACUUCUCGACUUUGAUGCGUCUCGCUCAUUCACAUGCAGGGUACAAAUUGUUAAAAAUGGACACCAAAUUUCCAAAAUGGCUGACUUCCUGUUGAGUUAAGGCCAUGGUUACGGUGGACUUUUUUGUUCCCAAGUUUUGGGAAAUUCGGUGGAAGUCAACGUAUGCCGAAGUCAUAUGGCACUUCCUGUUUCGUGGUGAAUGGUCGAAAUUUGCCCAAAACACAGAGGGUUGCCGUGGCUGCGCCGUUUUGAAUCUGCAAAACCCUUCCACAACUUUUCAACCAAUUAAUAACCUUUGAUCUGUGUUGUACAAAUUGGCGCAUUUUUUUUUAACGUCUGUGCGACAAACGCGCUCGGACAAGUUCGCUCAUUCACGUAGGGCGCAUAUCACCAAAAUGGACGCCAACAUUCGGAAUGGCCGACUUCCUGUUGAAGUCUCCUGA